AUGCCGUCGCAUUCGGGUCCCUUUGGCCAGGUAAUCGAGUACAUUGAAGAUCGAUUGUACCUCGCUUCGUUCUCUUCUCCCCCCGACGAGCAUUCGCCGUUGCCAUUCCGCGCCCCGCCGCCAAAGUCGCCAAGUAAAAGGCGCUCAGCGGUACCUGCGAAUGCAGCACGGUCGAUCCAGCCAGUUUAUUUUAAUGUGGAUGAUGUUGUGCUUUAUAACGCCUUCCACGCCGAUUUCGGUCCGUUGCAUAUUGGCCAUCUCUAUAGAUUUGCCGUACUUUUCCAUGAUAUCUUGGGGAGCCCCGAAACUAAAGACCGUCCCGUGGUUCUGUGGACGAAACCUGAUUCAAGAAACCGUGCAAAUAUCGCUUGCUUGGUAGCUUGUUAUAUGGUUUUGAUCCAAUCUUGGCCUCCGCAUUUGGCACUCGCCCCUAUCGCCCAAGCCGAUCCUCCAUACAUGCCAUUCCGGGAUGCCGGAUACAGUCAAGCAGACUUUAUUCUCACCAUUCAAGAUGUUGUUUAUGGCGUCUGGAAAGCCAAGGAAGAGGCCUUGUGCGGCCUGAAAGAAUUUAGCCUUGAAGAGUACGAAAAGUAUGAGCGGGUUGACAUGGGCGAUUUCAAUUGGGUGACUCCUCAAUUUCUUGCCUUUGCAUCACCACAAUACGAACCCAUUGCCCCCGUCCCCCAGAAUUCGCCCGAAUUUGCAGCUCUCCCUUCCAGCAUUUCCGAAGUCUAUGCUUCCAAGCUGCCAGUGCCGUUCAAGAACGUGUUGACCCAUUUCGCAUCACGAAAUAUUGGUCUUGUUGUAAGGUUGAAUUCCGAGCUUUAUAGCCCCUCAUAUUUCACGGCACUCGGUAUACACCACAUCGAUAUGAUUUUUGAAGACGGAACAUGCCCUCCACUCCCGCUCGUACGACGAUUCAUCAAACUUGCACACGACAUGAUCGCCAGGAAUAAAGGCAUAGCUGUGCAUUGCAAAGCUGGACUGGGUCGGACAGGAUGUCUCAUCGGAGCCUAUCUGAUCUAUCGUUACGGCUUCACCGCAAACGAAGUCAUCGCGUUCAUGCGAUUCAUGCGCCCAGGAAUGGUUGUUGGCCCACAGCAACACUGGCUUCACAUGAAUCAGAACUCAUUCCGCGAAUGGUGGUUUGAAGAUACAAUUAAAGAAAAAUUGAUGGCCUCCGUGCCGGUAACGCCUGGAAGAACGUCAUCCAAGCAUCGCCUGAACGGCAACAGCCAAACAGCUACCCCACCAAACGGGCAUCAGUCGAAGAGACUGGCCUUGGGUGAGAUCGAUAACAACGAGGCUAGUCCCGGGGGUUGCGCCGACGAAAACCUCCCAGCGCCCACUCCAGGUCAGCCACGAAAAUCACACCGCAAGGAUUCAAGACAUCAUCCAUAUGCUCGCGCCGUUUCCGGGAAUUUAGGUGUGGAAGGCGAUGGGAGCGCCCAGUCCAUGAGAACCAAACUCAAGAAUGCAUCCCGCCGAUUGCCUGAUCACAGCGACAACGAUUCGGACCGUCGUGGCGUGGCGUCCCCUCGAACCCCCGGACGCUCCGCAAGUCAUCGGUCCAUUAACUCCUCGGUGGCUGGCACGCCAAAUAUCCACGAAGAUGUUGAGAAUUGGGUUGAAGGUGUGAACAAAAUAAAGAGCCCAAGCACUAGCAAGAGCGGAAGUGGCGUGCUAGGAGUCAGUAAAAGUACGCAGUAG